GCGGUGCGUAAAAUGAGCGAAGACGCGCCAAGCUACUUUUGCUCUCCAGGAUUCCAGUAAGAAGACUCGAGUCUUUUUUUUUUCUUUUUUUUUUUAAGUCUGGGAUCGGGGUUAUGCCCAGAAGAUGGACGCGCUCUACAACGCCACCGAAUGCAGCGGCGAAAACGGGACGAACGUCUCCGCGAACUGCAGCGACGGCUUCAACAAGUUCAUCCAGCCCGUGUGGCAGAUCACGCUGUGGGCCGUCGCUUAUUUCGGCAUCGUGGUGGUGUCUGUGGUCGGCAACGUGGUGGUCAUCUGGAUUAUUCUGGCGCACGGACGCAUGAGGACUGUCACCAACUACUUUCUAGUGAACCUCGCUUUCGCUGAGGCCGCCAUGUCGGCAUUCAACACGGUGAUCAACUUCGCCUACGCCGUUCACAACGAGUGGUACUUUGGUUUGGUCUACUGCCGAUUCCACAACUUCUUCCCCAUCGCCGCCAUAUUUGCCAGCAUUUACUCCAUGACAGCCAUCGCUCUGGACAGAUACAUGGCCAUCAUCCACCCUCUGAAGCAGAGGUUGUCGUCCACUCAGACUCGGUUGGUGAUCGGUGUGAUCUGGCUGCUGGCUCUGCUGCUGGCCUUUCCUCAGUAUCUCUACUCGUCCACCGCAGUGCUGCCCGGGCGCACGGUCUGCUUCAUAGACUGGCCUGAAUAUGACACUGUUGACUUCAAAAAGAUCUACUACGUGUGUGUGACCAUACUGAUCUACUUCCUGCCCCUGUGCAUCAUGGGAUGGGCGUACAUGACGGUGGCCGUCACCCUGUGGGCGAGCGAGAUUCCAGGAGACUCAUUUGAACACUACGCAGAGCAACUCAUUGCCAAACGCAAGGUGGUGAAGAUGAUGAUCGUGGUGGUGUGCACCUUCGCCGUGUGCUGGCUGCCGUACCACGUCUACUUCCUGCUGCACCAGUUCUUCCCCGAACUGUUUGAGGAGCGCUACAUCCAGCAGGUCUACCUGGCCGUCAUGUGGCUGGCCAUGAGCUCCACCAUGUACAACCCAGUCAUCUACUACUGCUUAAACAGCAGGUUCAGAUCAGGCUUCCAGCAGGUGUUUUGCUGCUGUGCUCCCACCGUCACCAAAGAGGAGCUGUUGGAACUCAAAUCUCCUCGUUACCUGCAAACCCAGGUCAGCAUAUACCCCGCAAGCCGAACGGAGACCGUUGUUCCUGCCGCAGCAACCGAGGCGCCACCUGCCGAGUCGCGCGUUUAUCCUCACGUGGAAGUCGCAACGAACGUCUCGGUCUCUGACGUGCUGCCCUAAAGCUCUCACGUUUCCACCGUUAGGGGUAAAGAGUGGAGAUGCCCGGAUUUGUCCCAGGAGCAUGGCAGCACUUAGAGACCAACGCUAACACGGCUAACCGACCUAUGUACAGGUCACACAUGAGUUAAAUGGCUGAUACAAUCACAUGAUAUCAUUGGAUGAGGGCAUCAUCACAAAGUGACGUAGGAGACUUGAGAGAAUCUCAUCCUUCAUCACCUGCACGGCUCAGAGUCUUGACCUCCUCCCCGUGUUCCUGACUUGGGGAGCUGAUUGAAGAGAAACUCCCGUGUUUGCUUAGCAACAGUGUCAAUUCACUUGUUUUUAUCUGUGUUGCAUGGGAGCUUGGGGAGUGCUCGCAGACUGCCUGUCUGUACAGACCCAGCACCUGUUGGGCAGGAUUAGCCCCUUGUUUUGACAAUGUGUGGAGCCCGGUUCGGUUCGCAGCAGCCAGGUCACAAGCCCGGCUAAAUAUAGAGAGUCCAGAGAUGGGAAACGAGCCACACGUAGCACGACCAGAGGGGAGUCUGAGGCUCAUUGCUGCAGACAUAAGGCGCAAUUUCAAUGUCACAGGUACCAGGUGUUUGUCUCGUGUGUCUUUGCCUUGUGACGUAUGAUCUGGUUAGAUUGUAGCAGUCACCAUGCAGCGUUUCCAUUAACCAUGGAAUUGCUUAAAGUGAAAUUAUGUAAAUAAAUUUGCUUAAUGGAAACACAACACAAAAACAUUUUUGCACUAGGAUGUGGUGGUUUUUCAGCCCUAUAUUGAAAUAGAUGUAUUUCGCAAAACCUCAAUGGAAACACUUUUUUCUGCAUCACAUUAGUCACAUGAUGAACAGCCAGACGUCACUAGUGGCGAAAACAAUGAAGAACAUGACAGGAAGUGGACGAUCUGCAGCUGGCCCCACCAGAGCCUGCACAGAAUUGGGCAGUUUAUAAGAAGUUGUGUGUCAUUCCAACGUGUUGAAUCCAUAACUCUUCUGUAAAAUUGCAGACUACAAUUUUCCCAAAAUGCCGCAUUAGUAGUCACUCCCAAGUAGGCGGGGCUUGUUGCUCCAAUGCCUGAAUAAGACGCUGACGUCUCCUCUGAUUGGCUGAUAGAUGAGGAGCGAAUGAAUACAGACACAUGUAACUUAUGUAUCUGUUAACAUCUAUGCCGUGCCAUAGUGAAUGGCUGGUUUAUUUUAAUUUAAUCUCUUACUUAACAGAAACCGCAAUUGAGAAAUUAUGUCUUUUUUGACCUUAGCAUAAUAGCAACAAAUAUUUGCGCUCAUUUGUAGUGGAAACGCAACUAAUGUCAGUUUGUAAACCAGAUUGAAUGGGCGGGUAAUUCCCAUUCACCACUACAUUUACUUUUUAUUGUUUAGUGCCAGUAGCUUUAUGCUUUUCUGUUUUUAUACACACUGCCACUAUUUCUCCACAGAUUGUUUUAAUUCAUAUGCUGGUCACAAAGCGACUCCUGUUUCUGCCUCCAACUGCAGUGUAUAUAUAUAUGAACUGGAAUUUUUCAUAAAAAACAGGAAAUUAUUUGGUGUAGAUGAAAAAGAUGCCUCAGUCAUAUCAGUUUCUUAGAAGCACAGAGAAGAAUAGUUUCCUGUUCAUUGGGAACAAAUGUGUGCUGCACACUUCAAUUCAAAAACACUUUAUUUAUCCCAAAGGGAAAUUACAUGUUGUCAUAACUCAUGUCGUCAAAGUAUCUGUAAAGAGUUGUGGUUGGUGAUGCUGUGGGCAGGAUGAAUCUCGGGUAGCAGUGAGUCUUGCGAUGAAUUUUAAGAGGCCUCUUACUGAAGCCACUGUUGCUGAAUUAGAGUCUCAUGGCUGUCAAAACAUGCUAACAGCUCAGUGUCAGGGCAGCAGAUGUUAUUCCACAGCAACAUAUCCUGGAUGACACCGUCAGUUGUUGGCUAGCACUGCUAAUCCACCUCAUUUGCUUUGCCACUUCUUUUUAAACCUCUGCCUGGCUAGAUGGCUAGACGGCAGCGAGAGGUUGGAGUAGGGGAUAUGAUCCUUUCUCAUUAUGAUUGAAAGAAGAGAUGGUUUGAACUUCCUCCAUCUCUCUCUGCUCAUUGGUCCUGCUCUGAAUCCAUGCUCCUCUGAGACUUUGGGGUCAUAGUUCAGGUAUUAUUUGAGCUUCCAAGAUGCUAAUCGGUGUUUUAGGUGCUUUAAAAAGUUAGCUGAAUCUUUCCAGCUUCACUGCACGAGAACCAGAAAGAAUAAUUGUCAUGCAACAUGCAACGCCUCAACAAUCCCCCCCAAAAAAUGAACAGAAGUCUAGAAAAACAACAUAUCAGAACUAACAGAGCAGAGCUACUUCCACUGCUCAGCCCUGGAGGAAAAUCCAGCAGAGAACUGGUAUCGUUCUGGUAAACGUUGGAAUAUCAGUUUGCUUUUACAAGUAUGAGUACUGGCCGCUGGUACCAGGCCAAAUACUGAUACCAGUACCGAUACUGGUAUCACAUUACCUAGUUGCUUUUUCUUAAUGCAGAAUAUUGAGAAGAUCCUUAAUAAUAUUAAAAUAUUAGUUAUUACAAUUGUAAUAUUUAUUAGCAAAAAGCUGUUAGAAUCCAUUUUAAGUCUUUUUUCCUAACCUCAGACAACCUCCUUCGCUCUUUAGUAAAAAUCUAAAAGUAAUGCAGCCUGGUGGAUCCCAUCUUCUCAAUGUCCAUCAAUGGAUUCUGGAAUUACUGCACUCAGCCCGAACCAGCCAAUCAGGGCUCAGUGUUCCCAGCAUCCCUAGUAACGCUUCAAGACACAAAUAAACUUCUUAGCUGAUGCCAUCCAGCUCACCCUCAUCUGAAGCACUUUGAACUGCCGUGGUGCUGAAAUGUGCUGUGGAAAUAAACGUGACCUGCCAAUUCAGAAACAGGUGAUGAUCCACUGACGGCUUUUAAUCUCAUCUCUCCCUGAAGAGAUUGACAAGAAGAUUAAAGGAAUCAUUUACAUACAAUAGUUUACUUGUGAAAACAGUAAUUGCAUAAAGACUUCUGCAAAAGUUGUAAGGUAAUGACAAAGGUGUUUGUACUCACAUCCGUAACAAGAGAGGAGGAGUUUGGAUAAAAAUAGUAUGUACAUUUAAUUUACAAUCAAAGUAAAAAAAAAAAUAAUGAAAUAAAACUAUUAUUAUGACCUGAAGCAUUUGGUUUAUAAUUUUAGUUUCACAGAAAAAGUAAAUAAAUCUUUGCCAUCUCUGAGGCUAUUUUGGACCAAAUGUCAUCUUUGUACUGUGUGAUCAUAUUGCAAAUGUUUUUUUGUAUUCAGUGAACUAGCUACAUACAGUAUGUGAUUGUACUACUAACUUUGUAAAAAUCUGUACAGUGAUAAUUAUGUAUGCAGUACUGUGUUGUUGUUUUUGUGUCAGACUUAAACGUUUUAAAUGUUCAAACUGAUUUGAA